AUGGCUCCCACCAUCACCACUACCCUGAGCAGCUCUCUGAACAACAGUAACGGAAGCCUCUGCUCUGAACCCCGCCAAUACCCGGCCAUGGGGAUAGUGCUUUCGAUUUUCUACAUCGGGGUGUUGGUCUUUGGCUUCCUUGGAAACUUUCUGGCCUUCUGCAUCAUAGGCUGCAAAAGGAAACGGAACUCUACGGAUCUCUACUUGUUGAAUCUGUCCAUGUCCGACCUCUUAUUCACGCUGGCCCUGCCGGGAAGAAUCUCUUACUUCAUCCAAGCCUUCAGCUGGAAUUUCGGGGAUUGGGCCUGCAGGCUGACCGCUCUCCUGUUUUUCAUGAACACCUACGGAAGCAUCUACCUGAUGACCUUCGUGAGCGUCGAUCGCUACAUCGCCGUGGUCUCCACCCGACGCUGCCACAACCUCCGUAAAGUCGGCGUCGUCAGGUGGAUCUGUGCCUUCGCCUGGGGUCUGGCUUUCCUUCUGAACGUGCCGUUGCUCUUGAGGCCCAUCACUAGUAAGAUGGGAGACAGAGUAGCCUGCAUGGACUUAAACAACAUAGAAGGGAUUUUCAAACAUCCCCUGAUAGUCUUAAUAUCCUGCAUUAUCGUGUUCUCUGUGCCGGUGGGGAUCAUAUUGUUCUGCUACGUGAAGAUCACUUUGAAGCUGAUCAGGUCGGCCAGGAGAAAUUCCCUGCCCAAGAGGAUCGGGAACGAUAAGAAGGCAUGCGUAGUCAGCAUGAUGGUGCUGAUCAUCGUGGUUGUUUGCUUCAGCCCUUAUCACUUGAUCGUCAUCCAGUUCAUGAUCCGCAUGAUUACGUACCAAACCUCCUGCUCCGAGCAGGUGAAAUUUAAAGUGUCCCUUCAAAUCACGAUGAUGAUUAUGAAUGCAAACUGCUGCAUUGACCCCAUCAUUUACUUCUUUGCGUGUAAAAGUUAUAAGAAAAAGUUGCUCAGCAUCUUACAUCGCACUGGUGUGACCUUUCUCUCCUCGCUGGGGCAGACCUCUUCACAAAGCAACAGCAGCAAUCAGACAGCAGGCCUCAGCUAG